GGUGUCCUUGGGUUUGUGCUUCGUGACAUCCCGGCCCGGCUUUGGACCUGCCUUGCAGCUGCGGAUUUAUCUGGGAUCUGGAGCGCGGCUGUCCCCGAUUGAGUCUUUCUUCAUAUCAAACAUGAAGCUGAUUUUGAUCUUCAGUGCCCUCUUUGGGGCUGCCUUAUGCCUGGAAACUUUUGUUGGGCACCAGGUCCUCCGAAUCAAGAUCAAAAAUGAGGAACAAGUUAGGAAUUUACAGUUUUUGGAAACGCUGGAACACCUGAAGCUUGAUUUCUGGAUAAAUCCCUCCACCUUCUCCCGUCCUGUGGAUGUGCGAGUGCCCGCUAACAGCCUCCAAGCAGUCAAAGUCUUCCUGGAGUCCCACAGGAUUGAGUACUCAAUCCUGAUCGAAGACCUGCAGGCCGUUCUCGACAGAGAAAAGCAAGAAAUGGUCGCCAGUCAACAGAUGGAGCGCAGCAGCACUUUCAACUAUGGAAUUUACCAUUCUUUAAGCUCUAUUUAUGAGGAACUGGAUAAUCUCGCAUCUGAGUACAGCAACAUCGUCAGUAAGCUCCAGAUUGGGCAAUCCUAUGAAAAGCGGCCUUUGUAUGUGCUCAAGUUCAGCACUGGAGGAAGCAACCGUCCUGCAAUCUGGCUCGAUGCCGGCAUCCAUUCCCGAGAGUGGGUUACCCAAGCUAGCGCGAUGUGGAUCGCUAAAAAGCUUGCUUCUGACUACGGGAACGAUCCAUCCAUCACCUCUCUGCUGGACAAAAUGGACGUUUUCCUGCUGCCAGUUACAAACCCUGAUGGCUACGAGUUCACUCACACCACAAAUCGCAUGUGGCGGAAGACCCGCUCCAAGCAUGCAGGCAGUCUGUGUAUUGGAGUUGAUCCAAACAGGAACUGGGAUGCAGGUUUUGGAGGUCCUGGAGCCAGCAGCAAUCCCUGUUCCGACUCUUACCGUGGGCCCAGUGCCAACUCAGAGGUGGAAGUUAAAUCUGUUGUAGAUUUUAUUAAGAACCAUGGAAACGUCGUGGCCUUCCUCACCCUGCACAGUUACUCGCAGCUCCUGAUGUACCCCUAUGGUUAUAAAUGCACACAGCCAGCAGACUACGCUGAGCUGGAUGCCCUGGGCAAAGCUGCUGCCAACGCCAUCCAGUCCCUCCACGGCACCACCUUUACAGUGGGGAGCAUUUGCACUACUAUCUACCAAGCCAGUGGAGGCAGCAUAGACUGGAGCUACGAUUAUGGCAUUAAAUACUCCUUCGCUUUUGAGCUGCGAGACACCGGGCGCUACGGCUUCCUCCUGCCGGCCAGCCAAAUUAUCCCCACGGCGGAGGAGACGUGGCUGGGCCUGAAAACCAUCAUCGAGCACGUGCGAGACAACGCACACUAAAAGCAGGGCUGGGAGUCAGAUUUUUGGAACAGCAAGCUCAGAAAUGCUCUGAAUAAAAACCCGUGUGCAUUCCUCCA